AUGAAAAAGACUGUGAUGUUUGCCGCAUUCGUCGCUGUGUUAAUUAUGUUGUUCAGAACGACUGCUGGACACCCAGAAAAAGCUUGGCUAGAAGAGAUGAAAGCAAACGCAGCUAAUAAAAAACUGAGGUAAAGGAUAUUUUUUAUCUAAAUUCUUUGUGAUUUGAAUGUGUGCAGCUUCAUUCAUAAGUAGGAGCUUUCAUUUUAAAUUUGAGACAAUUGAAACCAAGAGAAAAGUAAAUACAACUGAGAUCAUGGAUUAGCAAAUCUGCUCCAUCUACAAGAACAGGUUAAGUUGAGGGACUGUUUUCUCAGCGCUUAAAAGGGCAAUCCCUUUCGAACAUUUCUUCCAUUUAAACCCCUUUUGAAUUAUUUACGUUUGAGUGACUAAAAUCAUCCGUUAAUAAAGUUACAAUCGAUAUUAACUAAUCAGAUAGAUGAGAAACGACAGUCAGGACCUACCUCUGAGUUACAUUGUAUCUUCUAUUUUUUGUAGUCUGUCAGAUGUGAUUUUAAAGCGACCUCAUCGGCGUGACAUAAAAGUUAAACGUUCUGCGAGAAGAUUCAAACGAUGGUGGUGGUGCGGGCAGACAGAUCCAAAGCUACCUGGCUGCCCUAAAAGCAAAACGAAACGUCCUUGAGUCAAGAGCACAAAGUAAGUCGAAGAAAAACACUAAUUAACAGUUUUAAUUAUUUGAGUUAUUUGUAUAUACCAACUAAUCUUUCCUCUCGCAUUUGAAAAAAUCAAAAAGGUUAUUUAUUUAAGUGUCAACGCACUUAGUCAUUACAGAAGAAUUAAGUAAGGUCCAUUGAACCCUUUUGCAGAACGAAGGCAGUGCCUUCCUUAUUUCUCAGUUAUUUUAAGACCCUCAGUAUUGGUCCGUCCCCGAGGUAUUGAAGCCGCCAACCCUCGCUUUGUAGUCAAGCGCUCUUGUUUUAUAGCAGGGCAAGCCACGGUUAACAGUUCCUGACAAAUCCGCAAUAAUAACAAGCUUAAGUAAAACUGUAAACGUAAAGAAGAUAAAACCAUUAGCACGUGCGAAAAAUCCUGACUUCUUUUUCGAAAAAAUAAUCAAGGCUGAAAUAACUUACUCCAUUUGCACACCUUGAAAUAGGCACUACGUCAGGUAUUUUACACGCCGCGCCGCCAGAUCAAGCACGGUUUCAGAUACAGUUCAAAUCGUACUGCCAGAGCAGGUGUAAAUAAACAAUAAAAUCAGUUUAAAAAGCGUCCGGAGUGGAAAUGGUGUUUUGCACGAGAAAUGUGUCCGGAAAAGUUUUUUCAUAGAGCAGGAAGGCUAACCGCGGAUGAAAACUUCGCAAAGUUAGAGAAUAAUCUAAUAACAUAAAGGAAUAACAUUCUGGCGAUCGCAACAGGUAAUUAAGAGAUCUAAAGAGUAAUAAAAACAAACGAGGCCUAUGGUUGUUGUGUCCAUUACGUUUGCGCAGAGAAAUAUUUUGUUGUUUAUAAUGCAGUCAAACCUCUGACAUAGAAUUCUCUUUGUAGGAGACGGCUAGUUUGAUUUGAUUUGUGUAAUGUUGGGCAUGCCAAGAUAUUACAGAUCAAAUUUUGUUCGCAAUCUUAUUUUUCAGCGGAGGAAAAGAUGGUUUAGUAUAGUUUGUACUGACUAGAGAGAGCUUUUACCAGAGGCUAUCUGUGGGUGCAACGUGGGCACAAAACCACGCCUUAGUUACCUUGUUUAUUUAGGAAACACAAAGGUGUAGAAAGGGGUUGUUAUAUCCAAUUAACGGUUCUUUUUUCCUGCCAGCAGACUGCAUGAAAGGAGAGUAAUCCUGUAGGCAACAUAUCUCAAGACGAAAAGGAGCUUAUGGAAUAACCAGCUUGGGAUCAGAAAAUAUUUUAUUUAUAGUGGAAUUCGUGAUCCACAUUGUAUUUUAAAAACACACAUAAGUAUAUAAAAUUUAUACUGGAUAAAGAUUUGUGCACAAAAAGUUUUGCACCGUACAGUCUGACUUUUUUUAUGAAAAUUUGCAAAUAUGUUAAUUUAAUUUCCUAUUUUAAGUACAAAUCCUAUCUUUAUGUGACAUAAGCAAUACCUGUGAUAUGUAUAUUUAUUUUUAAGUUUUAUUUAUGUAAUUGGUUAUUUAUUUGACACAAGAUAUUAAAAUAUUAACUAAAAUAUUCUGGUAGUAGUUUGAUGAAAUUCAACGACGUGAUCAGGGGUUUGGUGUACAGCUAUGGCACGUCGCAAGCGAAAAUUUGUCGCUUGCUCUGUUAAAAAUUUACAUAGCUUUUUCGUAAAAUCUACCUGCCGGGGUUGAUUUUACCCAUAUUCCUCCCCGUCAAGGGAUUUUUGACCGUACGGCGUAGCUAAUAAGCCAAGGAAAAAAAACCAAGCGCCAAGUUCAAAUUUUUUUAGGCUACGGUCCCGGGGGGGGCACUCCGCAUAAGAAAGGGGUGGGGAUGCUCGUCGUCUCGCUUAGGCGUGUAAAUUUCGGAUUUUGGUCUCACUUAGGGUGUUCUGGGCAAAAUGCCAUCAUAUUUAGCCGUGAAGGUCUCGUUUAGGGUUGCACGUGAAAAAAUACAAAAAUAUUUAUAUUGUCUGUGUUUUAACAUGGUCUCUUUUAGGGGUCAAAUAAAGCUUAGGCCACGCCCAGAUCGGUCUCCUUUAGGGUUUUAAUUCAAAAUUCCGACGAGCAUCCCCACCCCUUUCAUAAGCGGUGUCCCCCCUCCGGGGCUACGGUUAACGAACGGCUCAAUGUUUGGAACUAGAUUGACGUUCUUUGGGAAGGAGAGUCUUCGGUCUACGGCCUACAAAGAAAGGGAGCGAUUUGAGUCGAACGAAGGUGAAUUUCUGAGCUUUUUCUGAUGAAUUCUUUUUUUUUUUUGACACUUUAUUGGGGAUUGCUCCUGAUUGGGGCAAGAAUGCAAUCAUGACAGAAUUUUCAAGACGACAUAUACUUAAAGAAAUAAAAGUAAUCAAUUAUAGUUACAAGGAUAAUUUAAAACAAUUGUUGAUCCCUAAAAGGGCAAGUGCAAACGGGACCCUAGUCCCAUGCAAGGCACCGCCCGGUUGUUACUUACAAUUACAACUUCAAUUUCAAAGCUGUUAGACAGCUCAUUUACCCUUGAAAAAAAAUGAAUUCAAACCCUAGAUGUUUGUUAAAAACAAAAGUAAAUAAGAAAGUACAAGAAUGCCGAGUUUUUAGUUUUCCUUAGAGAACCAGAAGAUCAAUAUUAUACUUGUAAUGUUCAUAGUGCAGGAGAACAGUAAGAAAACAACACAAAGACAUCUCUUUAUAAGGUAUGUAUUUUAAAAUGGCAGUACCUUGUUGCAGCGAAACGGAAAACCCUUAGACUGCAAAACAGUCCGUAUUUUUGCGUAUUCAAGUACGCGCGAGCAAUCAAACAAAAGGUCUGGAACGAGGCUGAAAACAGAGAGCGAGACUGGAGAGAGACGCUAAGAAUAUGUCUUUUUUGUGAGGCUCGGGCGCUUCGGCGCGUAAGACUCUUACGCCACGCUUUACCGAUUUCUUUACUGAUUUUGAGAAAAAAACCGACUGUUUUGCAGUCUAGAAAAUCUUAUAAUUUGACUUCGAGUCGCCCCACAAAAUUAAGGGAAUCCGGAUUCCGGAAUAAGGGAAAUUUUCUACUUGUGGAAUCCAGAAUCCGGGGCUUUGGAAUCCGGAAUCCACAAUCCACUGUUUUGGAUUGCCUUACAGGGGGCGAUCUCGAGGGUCCUUCUUCUUGUGAGCCUGGGUUCCCUGUGGAGAAAAUGGGGGACCUUACAAAACUUCAACGGUGACGGUAACUGGAACGUCACAGAAAGAAAAAUUGUCGAACUACAACGUGAAAUGACCAAAUUUGAACUUCUCUAGGGAACGUGCACGGCAAACAAAGCGAGUAUCCAUUUGAGCUCUGAAGUAGUCCUCUCUUCUCCGCUCCAGCUUUGAAAAGUCUGGACGUGUUGGAAUAAUCGCGAAAAAGUUUGAAAGGACCCGAAGUCAGUUAAUGUAGUGACGGGCGGCUUUCACUGGCGUCGCCAUCGUCGGACCGUAGGGUCCCUAAGAAUGACAUGUGAUAAAAAGUCAUAUUUCUUUCUCUUUCUUAAUCUGGGUGCGGUCCCUAGGAAUUCAGCUCCUGGAACUUUCACCCACCUGAGACUUUUGCAAGAGUCGCGGCGACGUUUGAAAAAUUAUGCGCAUUCAUUUUAAUAGUGACGUUUACGUUGCGAAAGCUCCCUAUCAUAGUUGAUUUACCGGCAGCGGUGCAUUGUUAUUUGAACCUUGUGGAACCACUAAACUUCAAACAAGAAAACUGAACUAGAACUUUGAAAAUAGCACUUAAAAUCAGUGGCGGAAAUGGUCCGCCUUUCCAGAGUGACAUCCCCUGUUUCUAAACCAAGAGGCAUCGAUUCAAAAAAAGGGAAGCUUUGAAUAGGUUGAAGAUAAAUUGUACCGUCAUACGAUCGUGUUGUAGAGUUAUUUUACGUUAACUUUCAAGAUGAAUAUCAUCAGAAAAUGAUUUAGGGAAAGGUCAUUGCUCUUGAUCUAAGUUUUAAAAAGCUAUCUGCUGAAGUUCUAUCUUACUCGAAAGCCUGAUUGUUAGUCUUAUAGAAGGGAAAACGCAAAUGAGACAAGGAAUGAGACAGUUUUGAGUUAAGUGUCCUUAGCGUUACUCUUUGUGGCUACUGUAAGAUUAAAAGCACCGUGUUUACUUGCAUAAACUUUACAAAUACCACAUUGGGGUCUGACAGACAGUUUUGACAAGAAAGGAAAUAUCUCUGUGACCCCAUUUAGUCUGUGAUCUUCAUAUCAUCUAUAAUUUGAAGUUCGCUGACGACUCUUUUGUGUUAACACUACUGAGCCAGACUGAGAAGGACGAUGUGCAGUGCGCAAAAGGCUGUUUAGUGUGUUUAGUUUUAUUAUUUGAAAGAAAGCGGAAACUCAGAAGCCAGCUUUACCCAAAGAUACUGACGCCGAUAUUGCACGGAUAUUGUCCAAUACUCUGACAGCUCUGCUUGUGGUAUGUACCCUGUCUAUUUGAAUGAGAGCGUUCGUAGAUUUUACUUCUUAAAAUUCCUUUUUUGUCUCGCCGGUUUGCCCGACAACGUUUUGUCAUUACACGGUAAAUUUGUCCAUACAAGCCGUUUUUAUUCAGUGUUCUUGUUAUUACGAAAACCUUAAUAAGUUAAUUGCAAAGGGGGGGGGGGGGGGGGGAAGGGACAAAAAAAAAAACAAAAAAGGGGGGAAAAAGUUUUUUUAAAAAAUUUUUUGGGACAAAACCUAAAAUUUAUUUUUCAGUGGUAGAGUAAAAAAAGGAAGAAAAAAAAAAAAGGGGUAACAAUGGUGGGUUUUGUGUUUUUUGCAUUGAAAAUUUGAUUGUGUGAUCCUGGUGCGUGGAAACAGAGUUUUUAUUAUAAUAGGAUAGUUUUUCAAAAGAGGUGUUUUUUUAUUGGUGUUUUUUUUAUUAGAAAAAACAAAAAAAUGUUUGUAAAAGGGGGGGGGGGGGGGGGGUUGCAAGCGACAACUAGAACACAGAUAUAGUGGGACAAAAGUUUUAUAUCAAAAUUUUUUGGCAUAAAUGCAUAAUUCUCAUUUCAGGGUGAUAGUUACAAACAGGAUGAAACAAACAAAUGGGUCUAAUAUAACUUAAUCGCUGCUCUUGGGCAAUACUUUGAACAGACCGCAGCAUUUUUGACGAACUAAAACAGUCUGGAAUUUCAUUGUGAAGCUUUAUCUUAAACUUUAUCAUCAAACUAUGCUCAGCCCUCAAGAGAAUUUUAUCAUAAAUGGAAUCAGUCAAAAAGGGUUUCAUCUAUAUUAGUAUAUCCGGCCUUCAUUGCCGGGAACACGCCAGCAGAAAUGGGUAAAUCACUGUAGAAAAAAAAAAUUGUUGUUGCGUGUCUUCAAUGAUUUCUCUUUCAGUUCAUAUAUACUGGAGCAUUGUCUAAAUUAUUUACAACAUAGCGGGCUGAAAUCUAUAUCAAUCAAUUUAGAUAUUAGUUUGCUUCCUGUACUAAAAUUCCAGCAAAAUAUUUUAUGGGUACUUUUUUUGCUGCCUCAGUAUUACGCGGCAAUUUUUUUUUAACCUCGCGCCAUAUGCAAAACUAAACUAAUAAGGAAACAAAAACUACUACGUCUUUUAAUAGUGCUACUAAACGCUUAUCAAACCGCUCAUAAUCACCGUGAGGUUCGACAUUCAAGCUUUAACAGUUAUUUUAAGAAAAACCAAAGGCAUUAAAUUAGAAAUUAUUUUUCUCCAUUAGUGAAAAUGUAUUUAAUAAUAUUCUUUUGUUUUGUAAAAACAACACAAAAACAAUUUGCCAACAACUCGUCCAUUUACUGUGGUCACAUGACCAUAAUUGUUAAGACAAGGGCAAUAUUCACUCAGCGGAAAUCUUUCAAUCUCAAGCAUUUUCUUGCUUCAGCUUAGAGACUCGACUACAUUAGAUGGACCUGUAAGCUGAUUUUAAAUCAUCAUAAAACAAAAUUAACUAACUAAUGGCUUAAAUGCUGUAACAUGCUGUAAUUGUAAGACGGGUAUUGUUGCUAUAAACAUCCAGUUAAGUCACCCUGAGUUAUCUUUUGUUUUGUUUUUUAUGAUGAUGAUGAAAGAUUUGUGGACACGCAACAAUCUUUCGCUGUUGUGAAGUAAAAUCGUAAAGUUAAAAGGUGGAUUAAGGAACUUAUCUUGUGACCUUCACAGAUUCAAAAUAAGAUAUGCGUCAGUUUUAUUUUCCACACCCAACGAUUGAGUAGAUAACAAGGUCAAAAUGGAACUGUUGACAAAAGCAAACUGUCUGUGAAAACCCAGCUCCAAAAUAUGCCUGGGAUAAAUACUAUCAGUCGGGUACAAGAGAGAAUCAUUCUCUCUUGUCGGGUAUUAUUCCUGGCAUAGUUUAUAUUCAGCGUCACCCAGACAGCAGAUUGCCCAGUAUUCUGAGAAAUUAUGGAUACCAGAUGUUUUCCUAUGAUGGACUAAAUGUAUGAAAUAUACUUGUCACGUUUAUCGGAAUGAAAUAACCUUUUGACAAGUUCAAUAUUACAUUACAAGGUUCUCUGAUAUGAAAAGGACCACGUCGAUGUAAUUAUAGUAUCUGGAGCUAAAACAGUUCUCUUAAGGGUGCUUGAAUGACUUAGUUAAAAGCAAGUGAUUGUGGGAAAAGGUGAGAUGACUUUUGUUGAUUUAUUCGUAAUAGUCGGUGCACGAUUAGAAUCAGUGGCCCCUUGCACCAGCGAAAAAAGAUCUCUAGGCUCUCCAGUAGCGCCUCACUUAAGGGAGAGGUUUGAUCAUUUACUCGUUUGUUUUACAAACUUUAAGUGCACUUUACUAAGCAUCCUAACCGAUAGGAUAAAAGAAGCAUAAACACCCAAACGCCAUAAACGCAUACAAAGAAGGGGCCAUAGCUAACUUUCCACCACUGAUGACGAAUUCUCUCCACAGUCUUGAGAGCAUGCCCUUGUGUGACUGAAAUAACUGGAGCGUUUUCGGUUCUGAAGACUACCGUCUGAAUAAUCAUAAGUAUACCUCGCGUAGCAAAAACGUUCGGCUGCUCCCGGCAAAACACGAAAGUUGUGGCUUAGCACAGGAACGUUAUUGCUUAGACAGUCUUUCGCAUUUUUCUUUCAAUUCGCUAAAGCUGGUCAAACUAAUACUUGUUCAAUAGAAAAUGGCAUGGAUCGUGAAAAUAUUCAUAAAAUGCCUUGUGUAGCUUACGUUCAAUCUGUGUUGAGAUCGAGGAUGAUUUUAAUCAGCACCAGCAACAGCUCAAUAUACUACGCCCAGUUUAUCUUCAGCAUGUGUAUAUUAAGCUGUUUUUGGCGCUGUUCCUGCGGUGUCUUCUCUUGAUCAAAUGGUACUGGUGUAUAUCAGUUAUCACAACGUCCCUUCUAAAUUUGUUUCAACUGCUCCGGUUUAAAAAAACUUUAUACAGUGUAAACUUUUAGUUUGGAGCCUGCAUGGUUUGAAGUCGGUUGGUUUGCGGGGUCAUUGAGGUAAAAUUUUUACAUGGUACACAUCCUUACAUACAUUUGUACAAUUCCUUGUUUAAACACAACUGAGGCCAUUGUGAAUUGUUUAACUGAUUUGGGGAAAUGCUACUAAUAUCGGUAGUGACGAUAGCGGAUAUCCCUUUUAUGGAUGCGUUUUAGUAACUGAGGGAACACUGAAAAUUUACUGUUAGCAAAGAAUACGGACUUUGCAUUAGUUAAGAAAUUUGAUUAUGUUUUAAAAAUUAUUACAGUACUUGGCAGCUGAGCCAUGCACUGGACGUUAUAUCGUUCUUAUAAUGGCUUUCAGUUAAAUUAAAUUUUCCUUAACGAAAAUUCCAGUAAAACUGAAACUUUCCUUUAAGCCGGUCAUUUGAUGACAAACGUAAUCAUAUUCCUUUCGUCACCCAAUUGACUUUGGUAAUCAAAAACUCUCUUUCGUGCAACCAAAUAUCGUAUUGGCCACGUCCACAAACGAUAUUCAAGAGUGAUUCGUUCCACUUUUUCCGAGCUUAUCUGUCAAUAUAUACAGUCACAAAACAAGUCAUUUCAAGCUUCUAAAGAAAAAGACAGUUGAGAAAAAAGGCUUGAGAAAAACUGGAUGAUGAUAUCCAGAAAAAAUUCACAUCAUCCAUGAUGUUCUGGAGCACUGUUUAAAGCUGGGGGUACCAGGGGGAGAUACAGGAUAAUUGGAAAAAGGAAAUUAUCUUGGAGUACCGGCUCUUAUUGAUUGACAUCAUUGAACUUGCUUUUAUUUUAGUUUACUGCAGCAAUGAAAAUCUUUACAGUCACAUUGACCAUUUUACUUUUGGUGUCUGUAACAUUCAUCAAUUCACGACGGAAUCCAACAGCAAUCCCAGACUGCCCUGCGUGCUGGUGUAAAAGCGCAGGGGACUGUCCAGAUCCUAAAUACGCAUGUCCUUCAGUCAAUAACUGUAAAACCGCUGUGGCGAAAGAUAAGUGUGGUUGCUGUGAUGUGUGUCUUAAAGACAUAGGAGAAGCGUGCAGGAGAGAGCCUCUGGAAAAGGAAGAUGCAAUGUGCGACAAAGGAUUGAGCUGUAGGCGAAGCGAUGAUGCGUGGUAUUGCGAAAAUAUGGAACCCAGUAAUGUAAAAGUCAGCAGAUGUGAAAAAGGUCAGUGUGUGUCCAAAAUGGAGACAAUGAAAUAAGAAAGGUUCAGUAUCACGAAAUUAAUGUUGAACAGAAUUUAGUUCACCCUAUAUAUGAUGUAGUAUGAACUCAAUAACCAAGAACUUUGUAUAGAACACCAAACAUUGACGUUAUACAUAAAUGGAGCGUUUUUGUUAAUCAUUUUGAUUACGAAAUGCAAAAAUAUACCUUAAGAUGUAAAAUUUAAAAUCUUCCCGCAAAGGACUGUGUUUAUCGGGAAUUUUUUUCGAUAUAUAUUUUCUUAUCUACGAAUUAAUUGUUUCAAGACGUUUUACGUCUUAAAGGCCGUACCUUUCGGUAUCCUUUUCCCCCGUUUACUGUGUAGAAAUUUGCGAGGACAUCAAUUUUCAAGUUAGUUUUCAUAUUUAACAUUAAACCGUCUUUGCUAAUAAUCUUGAUUCUUUUAUUUUUUCGUUUUUCCUAAGAGGAUAAAAACAGAUGCUAUGACCUACUUACACUUAAAUUUUACCGACCGGGAGAGAUCUGGGUACGAGGCGAUUUUGCAUGCACUGCAUGUACCUGCAAAAGAAAUGGUCAGUUAAACUGCUGGGGAAUAACAUGCAAUGUUCCUGACUGCAAACAUACUACUCGUGAGGAGGGAAGGUGCUGUACAGUUUGCUUGGACACUGAUCCUAAAAAAGGUAAGUAAUAAACAUUUUGUUGGAUUGCCCAGACAUAUUAGAGGAAGAUAUGAGAAAUAUGAUAAUUCAAUCAAUGACACAGGCGGCUCGGAAGGUAUCACUGACUGAACAAACAUCUUUGUCAUGUAUUCACCACGCUUAAAAUUUACCAUCACACUUGUAUUGAGAGAAUGACGGUGUCCUUAUUCUUAGCAUGCUUAUAAAAAAUGUUGGAAUUGUUUGUAGUUAAUUCUUGAAUAUGGAUUUACCAAAUUUAAACUGUUUACACAUUUUUUCUUUAGUGUGCAGAUACAACGGAAAGAAAUACUUUCAAAAUGAAAUCAUUGUGCUAGAAGAUCAUCGCUCCAUCUGGUGAGUAGCAUGUGCCUGGUUUACAAAAUAUUAAUUUACAAUAGUUAAACUGAUGCUGAGAUUAUGAUGUCACCCUCUGCAAUUAACAUCCGUACCAUGAUUUUCAGCGCAUCACUGCAUUGUUUUGAAGUGCUACAACAUUGUUCCAACAUUUUUGUCCUAAAACUGAAUCGUUUCUUGUAACAUCGCCUUCUACAACACACAUCAGCAAUGAUGAUUGCUACUGUCUCUCGGCUAAUCGUUUUUUUGUCCUCUUUCGUGGCAGCAAAUGUGUUGAGUCAGAAGGAUGGGUGUGCCAACAUGAUAAGAAUGCAAUGAUUCCUCUCAACGGUGAGAUCAAGAAUGAGUGCAAUAUUAUUAGAAAGUCGUGCGUAGAGGUGAACUUGGCACCACUACCGUGAAAGGAUCCUUAACAGGCUUGCCUUAAUCAGUAUCCAGACUAUCUGUUUAGCAGGUUUUGGUUAUUUCAACGAAACGUAGGCGGUGUUCACGACUGAAAACGUGGUCUUCGACCAGUUUUUAUUGGCCCUACGUUUAUUAUCUUGGUGGAGAAAAACACUUAUCUAGAGAAAAAAUUUAUCCCUGAUAAAACUUAAACGAGAGGUUAAUCAGUAUCGCUUUAGGGGCCGUUUAUUAACUGUCUCCCCGCCCAGCAGCAAUCCUGACGUCAUUCGUCCUAUAAUCCCUGGAGAUGAGGCAGAAAAAGCCCCCAGUGAGUGCCCCAAAGGUGAUGUUGCACGGGACGAUUCACAACGACGAUUUUUAACGCAAUGUAAAGUUGCAACAUUGUUUCAAAUAGCUGCAACAUUGUUUCAACAUUGCAACGCCGUGUUCCGCUAAAAAUCGUCGUUGUGAAUCGUCCCGUGUAACAUCACCUUAAAACUCGUGACAGCGAGGGGAAUCACUAUACAUUAACAAUAAUGCCUCGUGAAAAGUACCGCAUCUAACUUUUCCUUUUUUCCAACGGUGUUUAUGAAGGAACUAUAUUGCAUAUUUAACAGAGCGGCCAAAGUGUGUAGAUACUCUCGCAGAUGAGAUGUACAAGAAAGGCGAUAUAUGGAGCCUCAGUGAAUGUGCUCAUUGCUUAUGUGGAGAUUUUCAGACUGGUAACUGCUCAUCGGUUAGCUGUCCCAUACCUCUGUGUGACGAUCCCUUUAAAAUGAAGGGGCGAUGCUGCCUGGUUUGCCCAAAGGACUACGCUAAAGGUGGGUUAUGUCCUGUGCAAUGCUAGAAUAUCUUGAAAUCAAUGUAAAAACUAUUUAAUUUUGUUUUGUUUUCUUUAGUUUGCCACUUUGAAGGAGUUAAGUAUUUUCAUGGCGAACUUCUAGUGCUUCCUGACAGAUGUACAUUGUGGUAAGUUUAUUUCUUACUCAUGCAGAAGUUUUUGUACUUAAUAAUAACAAUAAUAAUAAUGAUAAUUAAUAAUUAUUGCACGAGUGUGAGUUGGAUAUGAGUUGGCUAUAAUCUUCUCAUAUCCAACAAGCGAGAGUGGAAUAAUUGAUUUAUUAAAAACGCCCACAAUAUAUCGAGAAUUCUUCCCGACUUUAUUUGUAGAAAAAACCGAUUUUCAGCUUGUUUUGAAUUUUGAGCAGACGAGUACAGCUACCAUAUUUGGACAGCAUGGUAUGAUGGCUCAUAUACCAUGAUGGCUGAGCCAAUCAGAGCUCUAGAAUUGCAUUAUGCAACGAUUCAGUUUUUGAUAAUAAUGAUAAUGAUAAUUAUAGCAAUAAUGAUAAUAAUGAACUUGUGUUUUGGAGUACAGUCUGACUCAGUAGAGUUGUUGUCGAGUUUGAAUCUGUCUUGUCCUCAUUCAGUUUCAAUUAAGGUUUACUCUGGAUAACCUUUAUCAGUAUGUUUUCAUCACGCAUCAACGGUUUUGGACUCGUCGAUGGGUGGGAGAUGUAGUGUAUAUAAUAAAUAAGCUGUAGCCUUGUGGUACUCCGGCACAUGUAAGAUCGAAUAUGUUUAUACACCAUUAUAUGUCAGUUGAUACUCGCUGACAUCUACGGCACGAGGAAAAAUAAGACGCGAACUGAACCAUUUAUACGAGCAUAUCUUAUCUGACUCUUCUGUAGACUUAAACUUACUUUUAAAGUGUAAGUUUAUAAUACGAAGAUAGCAAUUUGAUUAGUAAAUAUAAUUUGUGAUAGUUUAAAGUUAAAAGGGUCUACUUACACCAGCAGAUGUCACGCAUUUGUCCAGGAGGUCUGUUAUCGCCUUCUCCUUACAUAAUAACAAAAAAUCUUUUUCCUCCGCCAUGGACCAAGCCUGGUUUCUUUUUAACUUUAAUAACGGCGUGCUCAUUUAUAUUUGAGCGAAGAAAAAAUAAAGCAGAAUGGGCAAGGAAACGAAAACGCGUUGUAAUUUGUAAACAAUUUUUCCCGCCAGUGGCCUGCCAGUUCACCGGGCAAGCGAUAAUUUUCCCGCCAAAAAUUAACGCAUGCGUACUUUGCGUUCGCGUCUUAUGUAAGUAUCUAAGAACAGGUGUUAAGGGCUGUUCUAAAAUAAGACGCGUCUUGGCUAAGUCGCGUCUUAUUUUAGACGAAAUGUGUCGUUUAUACGGAAAGUUCGCGUCUUAUUAAGACGCGUCUUAUUUAAGACGCGUCUUAUGUAAGACGCGUCUUAUGUAAGACGUGUCCUAUUUUUCCUCGUAUAAAUGGCCCUAAUGGCCGCCCUAGUGUUAAAUCCAUGCCAGUGUCUGAUAUUCUCCAGUCGAAAUGGAGGCCGUUCCGGACAAAAUAUGACGGUCAAGCUUUUUCAAACACGUAAGAGGUAGCACAUACUCAUUUAGACGCAUGUCCGUGUGUUCCAUACCGAAUCGAAUUUGAAAGUAUUUUGUUUUAAGCUGGUGAAAAACCAAAGUACCCGGAGCGAAAAAUUCUCGGAGCAAAGAAGAGGACCAACAACAUUGGGGAGAGGCUAGCGGUGUCACCAACUACACCACCCUGGCACCUGCACAAGACACAGUAUUUUAUCUCAUAUCAAACACUGAUAAGAAAGUUAAAAACACUCUAGGCGUAAAGUGGUAUCUUUAACUCUCUUUGGAUUCGAGUUGGUAAAAGCGUUAUACCGGAAAUAUAGAAUUAAAAUAACUCUUUAAAAUGGUUUAUACAGCCCUCUUCACACUUCUCUUUUCAUGCAGUUCAUGUAGAAACUCUUACUGGCAGUGUUCAAGUGACAGAUGUAAGUUCACGAAGAUGAUAAAAGGUAAAGCUUAUGUAUAAAUAACGUUUAGUUUCUUUGAAAAUAUUUAUUUUGUCUCUUAAUGUCUUCAGCCCCUCGGAUAAUUCUUUAACGAGCCUUACGUGACCGCUUGGAAGAGGUUUGUUAUUAGAGAGUUUAAGCUUCACGUAUACGGCAAACGGCAAACGUCAGAUUUUAGUUAUAGAUACAUGAAAGAGGUUUGUUUCAAAAGCCCAUCUGUGGUGAUGCCCCCGUUUAAUCAACUGAUCGAGUUGACUGAAUAAAGUUACUUUACCACGAGGAAAAAGAUUGAAAAGCUGACGUUUCCGUUAAUUUUUUUUGGGUAGCACUCAUAUUGUUUCUUUCCCGGCGACUUUCGUCAGUUUCCGUUUCUGGAACAUAAUGGUCUUAAUGUUGUUUUUAACGUUAAAAAAAGUCUUGUUUUAAUUGAUUUUUGCUUAUUAACUAGUUUUCUGUGCUUGUUCUCGCAGAGCCAUUAAAAAUGACACCCAAGUAAUCUACCAGCUUGCAGGACAGCACUUAUAGCUGGUGUGGCUAACUGUUUUAUUGGUUGUUUUUCUCUACUAUGAAUCCAGCAUUGCUAGGAAAUAAAUUUAAUAGCCAGAGAAAAACCUUCGUUAUUGUGUCUCAUAAGCGAGACAGCCGCAGACCUCUUUUUUCUAUGUCUUAAGAUGGAACCGUAAUUAUUACAACAGUGGAAUUCUGGGAGACUCUUAAAAUUUCAG